GAACACCAAAAAUUACUUUCUGACAGUAAUGAUAACUACUUUAUCGAUGUUGAGACCGAAAAUUCAGUUUUUGACAAUUUAUAUUUAAAAUAAUGCAUUUUUUAACCAAUGUAGUUGAUUUUUGCAUAUUUUAGUCAUUUUAUCAUUACAACAAUUUAUUAUGGAUCAAAAACCAUCUUUAGAUUUGGUGAUAUCAGCAGUUUCUGCAUUAUACAACAACCCAAACAUUAGGGAAAAGGAAAGAGCUUCCCAAUGGCUUUUGGAACUCCAAAAAUCCGUCCAUGCUUGGACAAUUGCAGACGAAUUAUUACAUCUAAAACAAGAUCUAGAAUCAUGUUACUUUGCUGCACAGACUAUGAGAACAAAAAUUCAUCAAUCUUUUCAUGAAUUGCCACCAGAAGUACAUGAUUCAUUAAGAGAUUCUGUACUUGAUCAUAUUAGUCAAAUCAAUGAAAGCACUAGUACUGUUAUAGUAACGCAAUUAUGUGUUGCUUUAGCAGAUUUGGCACUACAAAUGCCUUCUUGGCAAAAACCAACAUUGGAUUUGAUAAACAGAUUCUCCCAGAACAACAUUUGGCCACUACUAGAAAUUUUAACUGUACUUCCCGAAGAAUUAGAAAGCAGAUCUGUGAGGUUAGGUGAAAAUAGGAGAGUUGAAGUAUUAGAGGAGAUGAAAUUUUGUGCACCAGUUGUCAACGAAUUUUUAAAAUAUUGCUCAAAUCUUUAUGAAAAUUGGCAGGAUCAUGUUCAGUUUAACGUAAAGGUAUUACGUUGCUUUACAACAUGGAUUUCAGUUGGUGCAAUCAGUUUGAAUGAUCUUGGAGAAAAUGUUGUAAUUAACAGAGCAUUUGAGAUACUCAAUUUUAAACCACAAAAUGAUAAAACCAUAUCAGGUGCUUUUCAUGAGGCUGCCACUGAUUGUAUAUGUACUCUCCUAUUAUGUUUGGAAGAUAACAAUAACCAAAUGCAAUUAGAAAAUUUCCUUUUUAAUAAUAUCAUAAAUUUGGAAGUACCCUAUCACUUAUCAGUUGCCAAUGAAGAUCAGGGAAAAUCUAUGGAUUAUUGUAGAUUAUUUACUGAAUUGGCGGAAGCAUUUCUAGAAAAAAUCAUUUCAAAUAGUACAGUAAAACAAAUGCAUUAUGCCAUAAAAAUUUUGGAUUUGGUUUUAAUGUGUGUAGGUCACCAUGAUUAUGAAAUAGCAGAAAUCACAUUCAACUUAUGGUACGUCUUGAGUGAAGAAUUGUAUCAAAAGAAUAACAAAGAAUUAACUGAACUGUUUAAACCAUAUGUGGAACGAUUGAUUACAGCACUUUGCAGACAUUGUCAAAUGGAGCCAGACAACGAAGGACUUUUAGAAGAUGGAGACGAGUUUAAAGAUUUUAGAUUAAAAGUAUCGGAUUUAAUUAAGGACGUCGUUUUUAUAGUGGGAAGUAGCAGCUGUUUCAGACAGAUGUUUAUUAACUUGCAAUCUCCUGGUGUUACAUGGGAUUCUAGUGAAGCUGCUCUGUUUGUUAUGCAGUCUGUUGCUAAAAGUGUAUUACCUACUGAAAAUGAAGUAGUACCUAAGGUGGUAGAGGCUAUACUGAACGCUCCAGAAAACACCCACAUAGCAGUCAAAUAUACAUCAGUACUCUUAUUAGGAGAAUUAUGUGAAUGGAUAGAAAAGCAUCCGAAUACGUUGGAUCCAAUUCUAAAUUUUUUGGUUUGUUGUUUACCCGUACCCGGAAUAGGAGCAGCUGGAGCAGUAGCGUUGCAAAAUAUAUGCGCUAGCUGCAACGAUCAUAUGCCAAGACAUGUACCAGUUCUUUUACAACUACUUCAUCAAUCAGAUACCUUCGCAAUAAGCAAUGUUGCUACAGUUGGACUUCUGAAAGGGGUAGCUUCAAUAAUAGGUCGAUUACCUCAUCCUGAAAUUACUCCGGCAUUACUAGAACUUUGCUCUAUGCAGCUCAAUCCUAUCUGUCAAUUGAUUGAACAAGAUAUUAGGCCUAUAAAAGGAACAAAAUCUGAUCCAGUGUUGUGGUUAGAUAGACUGAGCUCAGUACUUAGAUAUGUAAAUGUACAUGUUCCAGAAGGUGAAUUGAAUCCAUGCAAACCUGCUAUAAUGGAAGUAUGGCCUGUGCUGUCACGCACUUUUGAUAAAUACCAAAGUGACAUUAGGAUAAUGGAAAGAUGCUGUCGUUCUGUACGUUUCAUGCUUCGUUGUGUCUCUCAAGACGUGCGUGAACUUUUAGAAAGUUUAGUUGGACAGAUAGUGCGCAUAUAUAGUGUAUACAAACAUUCGUGUUUUUUGUAUGUAGGUAGUAUACUUGUGGAUGAAUAUGCUACAGAUGUAAAUUGUGCCCAAGGACUUUUAGAUAUGUUGAAAGCUUUUUUGGAACCUACUUUUCAAUUAUUACAGGAAGAAAAUGGACUGAAAAAUCAUCCUGAUACAGUAGAUGAUUUUUUUAGGUUAUGUGCGAGAUUUAUACAAAGAGCGCCAGUUGCAUUUUUGGAGUGUGAAGCUCUAGUGCAUAUUGUACAAUGUGCUAUUAUGGCUUCCACUCUUGAUCACAAAGAAGCAAAUAUGUCUGUGAUGAAAUUCUUUUAUGAUUUGAUUAAUCAAGGUCAGAGUGGAAAAUUAGAUCCUAGCUAUGAAACUAGAAAGAUGUUGGUUAAAAGACUAAUUAACGAAUAUGGUCAACAACUAGUCUCAACUUUAAUUACCUCAUGUGUAUUUUACUUGCAUUCCUAUAUGCUAAGCGAAGUUGGCGACGUUUUCGUUCAAUUAUUGGACUUUGACAGAGAAUCAACAAGUAAAUGGUUAGCCACUGGUCUCGAUAUGUUACCUAAAAAUAGCAACGGCGGUAUUAUGGCAGCAACACCACAACAACUAACUAAUAUUCACGAAUCUAUAGUUAGAUCAAAUACUUCGAAGUCCGUUACGCACGCUUUAAAAGACCUAACCAGAUUAUAUCGUUAAUUUCAAAAGUUAAUACCUACUAUUUUGACAGUUGUGUAAUAUGUGUAAUAUAAGUAAUUUUAUAAUGAUAUUCGUCAAGUCCUCUUAAUUAUAAGCACCUGUGAAUAUUUCAUUUGAAGAAUUGGCAAGGUGUACAAUUAGAAAAAAAGAGAUUGUAUUUUUAUUGUCAUAUGAUUAAGAAUAAAAUAUUGUUAGUGUUCUAGACUA